CCACAGCUCCCGAAGCCACGAAAUAAAGAACAAAGCAAAAACCCAGAAAGAACCCGAUAUGAUAAAUAGAAAUUCUCCUCCUUAGUUGUUCUUCUUCUUCUUUUCCUAGUUUCACUUCUGCUUCUUCUUCUUCUUCCUCUCGUGGGUUCCCUUCCUCAAGAACUGUUUGAUUUCAAUCUCUAACUAGCUAUUUAAUCUUCUGGGUUUAGUUUUCUUAGCUAACUUCUUUGAUCUUCAAUUCUUUCAGCUGAGAACAUUCAGGGCUUCCUCUCUGCCCAUUUAAAAUUUUAAUCUAUUGGUCUUCUUCUUUUCCUUCUUUGCAUGAUCCAUAACCAAUUCCAUCAUCUCCUUCUUUUCCUACUUUACCAGUAUUGGUUAUUUCUCUUGGUCAACUUCUCUCCUUCUCGUCUCUUCUUCAUCUGAUCUCAACUCUCAUACCACUGAAAGAGAAAAGAAAGAAGCUGGAACCCUCUUUAAUUAGGACAUCUUAAAUGUUAUUCUCUGAUUCUUCUUCUUCUUCCCUGGGGCUGUCUGUGAGUGAGUGAGUGUCUCCGUGUCAGGGGCACAGAAUUGGAUUUCGUGGGUUUUAAUUUCCUUCCGUCUGUACUUCCUUAGUUUGUCUCUGUUGUUAGAUUCGCAAGACUGGCGAACCAUUGGUGGACCGGACAAGUGCCGCUGCCGGGCGUCGAACCGGCAACUGGUUCACCUGGCAGUUUGAAGAAACGUGAACGAGACAUGGUGGAAAACGGUGGUGGAAGCAGCGGUUGCGGUGGAGGAGAAGAUGAUGAAGAGAGAGAGAACGGAGAACCCAAGGAAGGAGCUGUCGAGGUAGGAACUCGUCGUCCUAGAGGCCGACCACCUGGUUCAAAGAACAAACCCAAGCCCCCUAUCUUCGUCACUCGAGACAGCCCCAACGCUCUCCGAAGCCACGUUAUGGAGGUCGCAAGCGGUGCCGACGUAGCGGAGAGCGUAGCCCAGUUCGCCCGAAAAAGACAGAGAGGCGUUUGUGUGCUAAGCGGUAGCGGAGCUGUAGCCAACGUCACAUUGCGGCAACCAGCGGCGCCGGGAGCGGUGGUGGCACUUCACGGCCGUUUCGAGAUACUAUCCUUAACCGGUGCCUUCCUUCCUGGACCAGCGCCGCCUGGUUCGACCGGGCUGACAGUUUACUUAGCUGGCGGUCAAGGGCAGGUUGUGGGUGGUAGCGUAGUGGGGACGCUAGUUGCAGCGGGUCCGGUUAUGGUGAUUGCUGCCACGUUCUCAAAUGCUACGUAUGAAAGGUUACCAUUGGAAGAAGAUGAUGAUACUGGAAGUGCCGGGCAGGGUCAGCUCCCCGGCGGCGGUGCCGGAAACUCGCCACCAGCAAUUGGAAGUAGUGCCGGACAACCACAACAAGCGCUGCCCGAUCCCUCAUCCAUGCCCGUCUUCAAUCUGCCACCAAAUCUGCUCCCUAAUGGUGGGCAACAACUAGGUCAUGAUGCUUAUGCUUGGGCACAUGCUCGUCCACCUUUCUGAAUUGAUCAGAUCAAACUCACAUAGACACAAAGACUAGAGCAGACGGAGACAGGAGGAGAGGUGUUUGAAACCUCUUUAUUGACUCUUGAGAGGAGGAAGUAGAGAUGAUGCAGGAUUGCUUACUUGUAAAUCCUACUAUGCUGCUUUUAAUUUAGAUCUUCUUUAAUCCUU